AUGGUGUCCGGAGAAGUCCCUAGUAGUUUUGAUGCUUACAAGAGGAAGAAAUUCUUCAAGGAUGCUAGGCAUUACUAUUGGGAUGAGCCUACUUGUACAAGAGAGGACCAGAUAGCAUUUACAGAAUGCAUUGCUGAAGAAGAUGUACAAGGAGUUCUAGAGCAUUGCCAUGGGUCAGCUUAUGGAGGUCACUUUGCUACAUUCAAAACAGCAACCAAGGUUCUGCAAUCUGGGUUGUGGUGGCCUACCUUGUUUAAAGAUGCAGCAAGUUUAAAGGAAGGGAAGUGUCACAAAGAGAGAUCAAAUGCCACUGAACUAUGA